AGGCUUGGUAGCUCUUUUCUGACCAGUACGGGUACAGUGGGUUGAAUGUCCUUCUUUGCAGCUCCAGUUUUGCCCAGCACUAGAUAUUGUAAACCAUUGUUAUGAAAAAGUUUAGGAGGAUGGCCAUGGGAUUGUUUCUGUUCUCUGCAUUAGUGAUAAUUAGUAGUCUUGAAAAUUCUUGUCGAGAUGACCAAAUUGUUUGUUCGGUGAAAGGCUAUGUGCUACAUAUCAGCCCCUUAAUUUCUCCCAUGGUUAAUUCAGAAAUAAGAUUCCCUAUUUGCAUCUUUAAGUGUGAAAUGAGGAAGUGAUCUAAAGAAAUUCUGAGGUAAUUUCUGGACUGUUUGUGCAGCUUGACAUCUGUUUGGCUUUCUGCGUCUUCAUGCCUCAGCCAUGCUUGGUCAGAUAUUGAUUGUUUAAGUUGCUUUGUUUUUGCUCCAUAAAUCUUCAUACAGCAUUCUUAUGGUGAAAACUUUAGUGUAAAGUUAAUGGAGAUGCCUGGACACUCUCAAGUGAAGGCCAAGGAUCCAGAGUUUUGUGAGAAGGCAUGCCAUAUCGUGGUGAAAGAGAAAACGAGAUCGCUUCAUAAUUUGUGCAACAACUGGAAUAAAUAAACGAGCAUGCAGAGUACAGAGGGUGCGUCGGACUCGGCAUCAACUGUGACCCUGCGGACAUCCGCUGCUGCUGCUCCAUCUGUGCAGCCUGCAGUGGUACAGCAAGUGCCAGCACCACAACAGCGGCUGGUGGUCCAGGCAACAGGCUCUGCUCAGAAAGGAGGCCAGGUACAGCAGCUUCAGGUUCAGAGAGUACAGCAGGUCCAACAGGUGCAGUCUGUUCAACAUGUUUAUCCAUCACAAGUUCAGUAUGUGGAAGGAGGGGAUGCAGUCUAUGCAAAUGGGACCAUACGUGCAGCAUACUCAUACCCAGAAACCCAACUCUAUGCACAGAAUCCUGGAGCCUCGUACUUUGAGUCACCAGGAAGUGCUGUUCAAGUGACCACGGUCGUAUCCUCGCCCACUGUGGUGCCAUCUCAUAAUAUGGUGGGAACCGUCGGCAUUGCAAUGGAGGUGGGAGGAAGUCAGAUCAUCUCAAGCAGUGGUGGAACAUAUCUAAUCCACGGAGGUUCGAUGGACAACUCCAGGCAUCCACUGUCUCAUGCUACUCGCCCGUCACCUGGAACUAUUGAAAUGGCAAUUGAAAACCUCCAGAAAUCUGAAGGGAUCACAGCUCAUAAAAGCACUCUGCUGAACAGCCAUCUUCAGUGGCUUCUCGAUAAUUAUGAGACUGCUGAAGGAGUUAGUCUCCCACGGAGCUCCCUCUACAACCAUUACCUGCGCCAUUGCCAAGAACAGAAGCUUGAUCCUGUCAAUGCAGCUUCCUUUGGCAAACUAAUUCGUUCCGUCUUCAUGGGGCUGAGGACCAGAAGACUGGGAACAAGGGGAAAUUCCAAGUAUCACUACUACGGGAUACGUCUAAAGCCAGAUUCGCCUUUAAACCGUUUACAGGAGGACAUGCAGUACAUGGCGAUGCGACAGCAACCAGUACAUCAGAAGCAAAGGUUUAAACCUAUGCAAAAAUUGGAUGGUGUGGGAGACAAUAUGCCUGGAAAUGGACAGCAUGCAACUCCAGCCACCCCAGAGCAAUCUGUGGCUGCACAGAGCCAACAUCACCAGCAAUUUCUGGAUAUGUCUCGUGCACUGCCAGAGUUCAUUGAUGCAGAGAUUGGUGACUCUCCAUUGCCAGAGAAUAUCACACUGAAUGAAGUGAAGACAUUGCAGCUUUUGUACAGGGAGCAUUGUGAGGCAAUGCUGGAUGUUGUAAUAAACCUUCAGUUUCACUAUAUUGAAAAACUUUGGCAAACAUUUUGGCAUUCAUCUCCCUCGCCAAAUGAUGGUGCUUCUGUCACCUCAGUCAGCGAGGAGGAGAGUGAGGCUGUUUUCCCCAAAGAUAAACUCAUCAGUCUCUGUAAGUUCGAGCCCAUCAUUAAGUGGAUGCGAAAUUGCGAUCAUGUGCUGUACCAGGCGCUGGUGGAAAUUCUCAUUCCUGAUGUUCUGCGGCCUGUCCCUAGUGCUUUGACCCAAGCUAUUCGGAAUUUUGCCAAAAGUUUGGAGGGAUGGCUGAUGAGUGCAAUGAGUGGUUUCCCUCAGCAGAUGGUUCGGACAAAGGUGGGAGUAGUUAGUGCCUUUGCCCAGACAUUGCGCAGGUACACGUCCCUGAACCACCUUGCACAAGCUGCCAGAGCAGUCCUACAAAACACAUCGCAGAUCAACCAGAUGCUCAGUGACCUCAACCGUGUUGACUUUGCCAAUGUACAGGAGCAAGCGUCAUGGGUGUGUCAGUGUGAGGAGGGGAUGGUGCAGCGACUGGAACAGGAUUUUAAGCUGACUCUACAGCAGCAGAGCUCCCUGGAUGAAUGGGCGUCUUGGCUUGACAACGUCGUGAAUCAGGUCCUGAAGCCCCAUGAGGGCAGUCCUGGAUUUCCCAAGGCUGCCCGGCAGUUCCUGCUAAAGUGGUCCUUCUACAGUUCCAUGGUUAUACGUGACCUGACCUUGCGUAGUGCAGCCAGCUUUGGCUCCUUCCAUCUGAUCCGGCUGCUGUACGAUGAGUACAUGUUUUACCUCGUGGAGCAUCGUGUGGCGCUGGCAACAGGCGAGACUCCUAUAGCUGUGAUGGGUGAGUUUGGUGAUCUGAGCUCCAUGUCCCCUCUACAAAUGGAGAAAGGUAAGAGCUUUCUCAACAUGGACUGCCUUGGGCGUCUCCAAGCUUCAGAUGAUGGGAGUGGGCUGGAGAGCGAGGUGGAUGCGGAUCUGAGAGGAGUGAGUGAGCCUCCUGUCAAGCGAGAGCGUGUGGACCUCAACCAUUCCCUUCAGGAGCUGGAUGUCUCCACUCACCAGGAGCUAAUGAAUUCAAUAUAAUCAGACUGAAAAGGUCGAAACCUCCAGGGUAACGCCCACUUCGCCCAGUGUCUGGGUCAGAAGGUUAGCCCAUUCUCCAGCUUCUGGCUGAGGUCGACUUAAGAUCACAGAAACUAAUUGCAGAAGGUGCACAUGUUAGGCCAGUGCUUAAACUCUCCAGCCCUCAAUGGGCAGGUGCAGCGGUAGUCGCCAAUGUGUCUUUGAUGCAUUGUCAGGUCAGUGGUGACCCAGCAGGAAGAAGAGCAUGGGCCGGAGGAGGCCAUGUCCACUGGAAUUAAAUAGCUGUAGCUGCUUAGUACACAGAGUUCAAGCUAACUAUUUUGCAAUAACUGUUUAAAUGGUUUAGGGUACUGGUUUAUAGUGCUGCUUUACUCAUUAUGUAUAAACUCAUUAUUGCAGAACCACUGGGAUUAAAUGUGUCACUGGUGUUCAACAUGUAUCUUCAAGAUAAAGGCAGCUGGGAUUUUAACUGGCUACUAAUUGGAGAAUGGCAGGAAAUUACUUCAACGUUCUAUUUUUGCAAAUGGAAGAAAACUUUUUAAUUUUGUAAUUGCUUUUGUAACUCUCACACCCACCUCACACGCAGGAGGCUGGCUGAACCAUUCCAGUCUCCCUGGGGAUGUGCUCUGUGGGUUUCAAUGCCUAUCGUUAAAAGGUUUCAUUUAACUCUUCACGAGCUGGGAGCUGUGGUGGUUGGGCAGAGUGAGGAGAGCUGGGACAGGCCAGAAGGUGUGUGGGUGGAGCAUAGUGAGAGGAGAGUGAAAUCACUUCACCUCCUUCAGCUGGUAGACCAACUCAAUGGAAUCAUGGGCUUGUCCAUAAUACAGCCAUCACUGCUCAGCAAUGAGUGUUGAGGAUCAGUUGGAUGAACCUUGUAGCCGUGACCAAUCCUGCCAACUUUGGACCGGUUCUAUGGGACUUGCUGGAAGCCUGCUUGGCUAAACAUUCCUCAACAUGCUGUUACUUACUGAGUGAGUGAUAAUUGCCUUAUUAGAUCAUUAUUUUACCCAUUUAAAAAUGAACCUAGCUGCCCAACAGUUAGCUAGAGAUGAGAUAAUGUGUCCCAUUAGUGGGGUAUGUUGUACAUCAGGGAACCCAGUACAUGCAUUUCACUGUGCCUUAGGGAGAUUACUGGGAUAAUGGAUGAAAUGUGCCUGCACUGGUCAGAGACCCAGACACUGUGAACUAACUUUUAAAAUCUGUCAUUUAUACCUAUUUUUGCUACUGAUGGUUCAGUGACAUCAAACAUUUUACUUACAAUUGCAAUUACUAAAUAUACAAAUUAACCUCAGUAAAAUACCUUGUUUACUUUCCCCUCCAGUUUUAGGUCUCAUAAGCAGUUUUUUAAAAAUGUUACACUACUUUCUAAUAGAAAGAAAGUUACAUUUGAAACCAGAGCAUGUUCUGGUUCUGCAGCCUUAUUUGUUCUUAAGCAGGGAACUUCUGUUGUGAUUUCUGGACACCAGCAAGUCUGUGAUGCAAGAGAACUGACGGGUGUGUGGGUUUUCCUGGAACUUUGUGCCAAGUUCACCCCUCCUCAUCUGGUCUAUCGAACUGAUUGAAUCAAUUCCACAAAACUGAAGUGUCACCUGAUUUACAAACAGCACAGCCCUGGAACAUGUGAACAAACAAGUUUUGCAGUCAAGCAAUAAGGUUUAUGGGUUCCUGUCUUUUCCUUGUCCCCAUUUUCUGAGCAAUUUUACUUUUGACUGGGGGUAAGUUCAGUGGUCCAUCUGCCUCCGGUUGGGGGGCUCUCACAUGGUACAAGUGUGACAAGCAGUCCCCAGAGCUGGAACUGCACAUCCUACACAUACAUCCCCUUGGAGCGAAGGCUGCCGGGUUUACCUUGUUGCACACAUGCACUCUGGCUUCACUAUAAUUGUAAACGUUCAGUGUCUUCAGGCAUUACCCUCUCCACCUUCUCACCGGUGGGUUUUAGGGAAGCAGCUCUCUCGAGCUAUUCUCUGCAGACAGCAGGAGAGGUGUUGGUGCACCGGACAUCAGUGUCCUCACACUGAAAUCAUGACAUCUUGCAGAAAAUCUGAUUCACUUUAUUGCUUUGAAAUGACUGGUUUGUGUAACAGGCAGAUCUUCACAGUUCAUUUUGAAGCUUGUCGGUCUGCUGAUUGUACGUUGGUGCCGUUGACAGAGCUGGUUACUGUCACUGACUAGCAAGGUUGCCAGGUGCACCAGGGAACUUAAACCAGAAUCAUGAAGCCCCAUCUUCACAAAAUUCUUUACUGUCAUCUACCAUCAGCCAUUCACAUACCUGCUCUAAACUUUGUCAUGAGGUUUAAACAAGUGAGCUGGGAAGCUUAGGAAUUCCAUUUCUGAAGCUCAUUUAGGUGACUUAUUCAUUGGGUUAAAUGCAAUUAAUAAGCCUUUUUCUAAGUAAUUAAAAUCAGACACAACAACAUAGCAAAACCUUAAAGACUCUGAAUGUCAGUGGUGGAGGACAACUGAAUGAAUAUAUUUAGGUGAGUAGUUAACAGAAUGAUCAAGACUAUGGAGGGUUAGGGUUUGAACAUGUGCACUGUAGAGGCUUAAUUUUCUUGAACUGAUUUCAUGUGAACUUUUAGCCCAGCGGUUUUAUUGGAUAAAAAAGUGAUCUUCAAAUGUUCGGUGUUUCUCAUUGAUUCUGUAUCACUGAAGCUUUUCAUGUUAUUUUCUAAGGAAAUUAUCUCUUCAGUUUUUUUUUAAUGACUGGAAAAUAUCCUGUUGUAAAUGUUUUCAGGUGUAUUAUCUUAUUGUGUAACAUCCAAAUCCUCCCACAAUAGGAACAAUUUCUCAACAUUUUUUAACUUGCCUUUGCUGAUGAAAAUAAUUCUUAGUGCUGUGAUGUUUUACUCUGUGUAGUACACAGUUUUGCGAUGGAACAAAAAUUAUCCAAACCAGUUGGCAGAGGGGUUAACGUGUGUAAUCAGUGUGCAGACAGUGAAAAGUAUGCAGUACCACUUAAUGUUUAAAACGUACUUCACACAGCACGUUGGUGUUGUGCAAUGAUCUUUGUGGUUCUGGCUGGGAGUUAGGGAUUGAAAGUCUCAGUCCGUCUGGCCUACUCCACCAUCAGUUAGGUAACACUGACUGUAUCUGAACUCCAUUUACCCACUUUGAUUCCUUAUCUCCAAAUAUCUCACCCAACAAACAUCUGUUGCUCUGAUGCUGUAGUAAAUACCCAGCCAAGAUGACAACAGCCACCUCUAUAUGUAAUGGUACCCUAGUGUCUGUAUGGACCAGGUCUACCUACACACUGUCCAUCUGCCUGGGGCUCACAGGGUAGCUCGACAAUGGCUUCAGUGUGACGUAGUGAUGCAUUUGGACUCUGAAUUGCUGAGCCAGAACUAAUGUGGACAUGACUCAGUAACUUCCUAGAGCAUGGAGUUGGCCACACUGUAGAAGGACCCCUGAACGGGAGCUAGAGCUUAAAUGAAGGAAGCUGUUGGCAAUCAGCUGUGGUCCAAAGGUUCAUUCCCUGUGUUCAAUCACCUGCUCAGGCACAGAGCAAACAGCCCUCUCCCACUGCAAGUGUCCACUGCACCUGGGCCGCUGCUGUUGGAGAGCCAGAAUCUGUAACUAUCACCCUGGGGUAUCCGGACUGUCGGCAGGAAAAGGCUGUUUCAGUGCUGCAAAGAAAUCCAUUGUAAACUCCAGUAAGUGACAGGCACCCUCCGUGGGUAGUAACUGGUACACAGCCAUAGCAGCAAUGGCCACUGGCAGUGCCCACUGGGACCUCAAGUGAGAGUUAAACGUUGUCACAGGCUGACUGCUUCUUCGGGGACAGUAAUAGGACCCAGCUUCAACACCCUUGUCAUUGGUGACACAGCUGUGUGUCACUUUUGAUUUAAAAGUAACUUGUUUUUCAAUAUCUAAGCUCAAGAAAAGUGGCUGAAAUUGAGAAAAUUUCUAACAUAUGAAUAAAGGGUGGGAACAGAAAGAUUUGUGUUUCACUAUAACUUCCCACUAUAGCCGUGUGCACACUGUAACCCACCCCUACAGCCGUGUGCACACUGUAACCCACCCCUACAGCCGUGUGCACACUGUAACCCACCCCUACAGCCGUGUGCACGCUGUAACUCGGCCUUACAGCCGUGUGCACACUGUAACCCACCCCUACAGCCGUGUGCACACUGUAACCCACCCCUACAGCCGUGUGCACGCUGUAACUCGGCCUUACAGCCGUGUGCACACUGUAACCCACCCCUACAGCCGUGUGCACGCUGUAACUCGGCCUUACAGCCGUGUGUACACUGUAACCCACCCCUACGUUAUGAGGACACUUGCUAGCACCAGUAACUUUUCCCAACGCAUUUCACCAUCUGCAGCAUACAGGCCUGUUGCUUCUUAAGCAAGCAACAAAGGCUGGAACCUUCGCGUGCCUCCUACAAUCUGCCUUGUGUAAUUUUAUCGCUAACGUUUGAAAAUGGAACUACUCAGCAGUGUGCGUGGUGAGAAACGGGGUCAGGUCAGUGACUUUACUAAAUCUAUUCUUCUGAUAUGGGGUUGUCCUGAAGUGAUUGUCUGCUUCUCUACCAUGCUGCCUGACCUGCUGAGUGUUUCCAGUGUAUUCCAAAAGUUGUGAUUUAUUUUACUUAAAACAGCUCAAUUUUAUUUUUCAUACCGAAACAUCAAUUGCACACAUGGAUAAUGCCCUCAGAUAAUCUUUGAUCAAUUUGCAAACUGUGUCAUUUGUUCUGAACCAGAAGCCUUACGCGGACAGUGUAAUUGUACCUCCCGUGGCUGCCCUGCCUCAGCAACAUUGCUGAAUUAUUGAGGCAGAAAGUCUGCAUAUGGUCAACUGAUCAUUGGGGUCUCUGAAUUUGUUUUUCUCCUCCAUUCUGCAUUGCGUCAGUGGAAUUGGGAUCAUUUGAAGAUGUAUAGAUUCUCUGCUCUUUACAUUAUCUAUUAUUGUUUAAUUUGUAAAACAAGAAAGUGAUCCCAAUUACCUGGUUUUACUUAGUCCAUCAGCUGUAGUUGAGCAUACCAAGUGACCUUGGUUAGUCUAACUUACAGGAUGGAAUUGUUUGGGUUAUCUGUAAUAUGUGUAUAAAUUGAUGUAAAAACUGAAAUUCGUUAACAUUUUGUGCAUUGUGAUUAUUGUCGGUUUAAAGCUUUCCUGAAGUUCCGUACAGACAGAAUCUGUAUCACCAUUCAGAAAAUAUCUCCUUCAAAGAUUUUGCUUUGAUUGUUCCCAUACGGCAUUCUUGAUCUUG